UUUUUGAUGGUGAAAACCCCAAAAUAUGUUAAAUUUUCAACUAUAUAUUGCAAAGUGCAAUAUUUAUGAUGUGGGUGUUACAGCCUUAAUUAGGUCAAAAAUAGAUUUUUAUGCAUUAUUUUUGGAGCAAUUAGAGUUUAAAGAAAAAUCCCCCAAAUCGCUAGACAUCUCCCUAUAGAUUACUGCCUCAUACAUAAUUACCAAUAAGAUCCAAGUAUUUUUUUAUUUUAAAUUCUAGAAAUUGUAGAUACAUAUAUUUGUUGCUUCUUUCCACAUGUCUGCAACAACUGCUUUUUGUCAGUGUGAGAGCGAAAGUCACCUCACAGAAAAAGUUGGUAAGAACAUUGUGUAAUCAACAUUGCAGUUAUUGCUUAUCUUUAACAAUUCAAUAUUGAAUUCAAAAUAUUACGUCCAUAAAUAUAUAUAUAAACUGAACAACUGGAGAGUGACCGCUCUGCUCACCUUUUAACGCUGGUCGGCGCUGUUUGUUGCUGUUUUCAGUUUUAAAUAAAGUUAUUGAAAUUCAAACAAGAUGGCGGCGGACUGAGUUCCUUAUGUAGCGGUGAAAGCCUGAACAGCGUUGAAAAUACGUUCACUAAAGUACUAAAGCCUAUUGAAAAACAGGUGAGCCAUGUCUGCUAAGAAAGAAACCAAAAAGCAUGUUCAAGUCAAGACCUCCUUCACUUCACCCUUCAGUUCAAAAUGGAGCCAGCUUCCUCAGAACGACAUGUACUUUAUCCUGAAAACCUUAAUGGACAAACUGACCGCUACGGGUCUGAUGAAGAAAGAGGUGAAAACAUUUCGCCCGUGGAGGAGAAAGAAAGAGAAGAGUCCACAGAUCUCCACAUCAGAAAUUCUUCCCCAGGCAGGUCGGGACGAACGGGGGUGCAAUCCCAUCAGGAACGCCUGGAUGAAUGUAGCAGCCAGGCGGCAGCUGGCCAUCGGCAUCAACGAGGUCACCAAGGCUCUGGAAAGAAACCAGCUCCAGCUGCUUCUCGUCUGUAAAUCCGUCAGACCCCAACAUAUGACCGAUCACCUGAUCGCUCUGAGCGCCACCAGAGGCGUGCCGACCUGCCAGGUGCCCCGGCUGAGCGAAAGCAUGUCGGGCCCACUGGGGCUGAAAAGCGUGCUCGCGCUGGGGUUUCGACAGUGUUCUCCUGAAGACGGAGAGAUGUUCAAAGACGUCGUCGACGCCAUUAAACCGAGAGUGCCUCCAUUAGACGUUGCCUGGCUGCCAAGUAUGACACCUGAACAUCCUACUGCUAACAUGGAGAUGGAGGAGGAGGAGGAAGAGGAGGAGGAGGAAGUUAGUGAAACAAAAGGCCAAAAACGGAAAAGGGAGAGUGAAUCUAAGAAAGUCACAGAGUCUUUCCCCCUAUCAUGUACUCUCCAGCCUCUAAAAGUAAAGAGAAUUGUUUCUAAUCCUGCAAAAAAACGAAAAACAAAUAAAAAGAAACAGCCGGCUAAAUAAAAGGGACACUUUGCCGAGCUCAGCAAAGGGUUAUUGCUUGUGGUUUUGCUUUGCUUUUUUGUUGUUUGUUUUUCAUUUUCCAACCCAGCUUGGCUGGAAAAUGAAAAACAAACAAAACAAACAAAAAAAAGUAAAUGAAUGCAGUCCAGUAAGUGAAUGGAUGUUUGCAUAUUUUUAUUCAAGAAGAGCUCGUUUCAUGUUUUAAAGCACAACCUCAUUGUUGACAUGAGAAUAUUUUUUAAUUUUUAUUUUGAAAGAAUUCUUGAAAGUUAGAUGGGGACAAAACAUCUAAACAUGUAAAACUGAGAUAAAAAAAAUCUGUAGGGAGAAAUAAAAAACAGAAAGGCAUUCCUUUAUCCAGCUAAACAUAUAAACCCUCCAGCUAUAUAUAGUGGAGAAUUUUUCAGUUUCUGCAUCAAUAUAAUCCACCUUUUGGUUUGAGAUCAGUUUUCAAAUACAACUUGCUGACAGUCUAAUUUAAACCAAGACCAAACUCUGCUUUUGGCUUUGAAACAAAGGAAUUUUUUUUUUAAGUUUUGUGAUGAAAAAUAAUAAAUUGCACAACUGACUGAAAAUAACUUGUUUUUUAAUCUGCAAAAUGGAUUAUAACAAUAAAAAGAAAAGAUGUUUAAUCCUAGAAAGUAAAUGGAUGGAUGCCGUUGUAAGGGUAAUGUAAACAAUGUUGUGUAUUUACUACAAAACACGGACGUUAUUUUUAAGUUUAGCCACCAAAGACGGUGCAUAGUGCCUGACAUGUACAGCACUGCUUUUAAGAGGGGAUUGUUUUUGUUUAAUUUGGGAUAAAUGGCAAAAAAAAAAAAAAAAAAAAAAUACAAGUUUUACACUUGUGAAUAUUUUUGGUGGAUUUAAAAUUAGUAGAACCUUUAGCAGAAACUAAUCAAUCCAGUAAUAGUUUCUAAACAUUGCAAAAAAAAAUCCAAUCCCCUACAUGAGAAGUUAGUUCCGCUAUUAGCUGAACUGUGCUGGCACCACUGAAAAUACUAAAAGUUGAGCAAAUUUUUUCUAACUACUUGUAAAACCAAAGAUUAAUGAUUGCUUUAAAAUAACAUGUAAAUUAUAGGAUAUCGUGCUUGAACAGUCAGGAGGAAAAGCACAUGUAGAUCAUAAAAUUAGGAUUCUGGCUUUGGAUCACUUGAAUAUUGCUUCUUUUUCUGCAAUUUUAAAUAAAUACUAUGUUUUCCAUCAGAAAAAGUUA